GCCCAAUAUCUUAGGGCCGGCGUUGUGCUCUAACCAAAUCCUCUGUCCCCUAGGCCCUGGCGCUGCGCGAGCGCGAGGUUCGAGCCAUAGACGGCGGCGGCGGCGGUCGGGCGGCCGGGCGGGCGGGCAGCCGGUAGCGAGCAGCAGCCAACACCAGCAGCCCUAGGCGGUGGCGCAGCGCCACAGAGGGAAGCCGGGUGAGGCCGUGAGCAGAUUGGCGACCGGAGAAAGGGGGAUCGGGCAUCGGCAAAUCGGAUACUCGUUUGUACGAUUAUCCCCUCGCGUCGACCAUUGAAACAGGAUUGCCCAAGCCAAGGAUAGUGGGGUUGCUUAUUUGGGAUAGUUUCUGGGUGAAUCAAGAUGUCUGGAAAUGAUGAUAAGUCCCAGGCUGCGGCGGACAAAAUAAAGGCAGCCGCAUUAUCAGCUGCUAAAGGAUUGAGCCGGGCUCAAGCUGAGCGUGCUGCGGCUGCGGCUGCCCGCAAUGUCAAUGCCUAUGGGCAGAAGGAAGAGGGGCCAAGCCGCUGGCAGGAGAGGAAGGAAGCUAAGAGACAGAUGUAUCUGAUGAGUACAGAGAAGGCUGCGAUACUGGGUACUGUGAAGCCAAAAGCUCCAGAAGCUUCUUCUGGUGGGGCAUAUACCCAAUGUCAGAAAUGUUUCCAGCAUGGUCACUGGACCUACGAGUGCAAAAACGAGCGGGUGUACAUGUCACGUCCCUCCAGAACGCAGCAGCUUAAGAAUCCCAGGUUGAAGAAAAGUGUACCAGUUUCUUAUCAGUUCGAGAAUCCUGAUCUUAUAAAGGAGAGGGAAGCGGAGAAGAAGUUGAUGAGAGAAAAGAGGAAGAAAGAAAAAUCUGAAAGAAGAAAGGGAAAGAGUAAGAGGAAGCAUCGUUCACCAAGUGAUUCUGAUAGCAAUAGCAGUGAUGCUUCAGUGUUUGACUCCGACUCCGAAUCAUCGGUGACUGGCUCUGAAUAUUCUUCCGGAAGCAGUUCAAGUUACAGCUCCUCCGACUCAGAGGACAAGAAGCGGCAACACAGGAGGAAGCAAAAGAAGCGAAGGCACCAGAGGGACAGCACGUCAUCAGCUUCAUCUGAAUCUGCAUCUGAGAGCGAUUCUGAUGACAGCAGAAGCAGGAGGAAGAGUAAAAGGAGGAGCGGUAGGCGCUGAGUUUGAAGAAUGGAGAAGGCAAUGUGGAUGUUGAAUAUCAUGAUAUACUUUUGUUCAAUUCACGACUAUCUCUUCUUCAUCAUCACCAUCAGACCUGCAUGUGCCGAGCAUUCUCCAAGAAACAAAUGUUGCAUUUGCUUUCCUGAAUGCUAGAACUGAUAUUUUUUCCUGUACUCUGAAAGUGCCUAAAGCUCUGGGUGUUCCUAUUUUAUGGUAUUUGUGAGAACCAUUGAAUCCUGUAACAAUAUUCUCCUAUGAAUUUCAAAGAUUGGCGAGCUUAUCAUCCUGAUAGUUAUUUUUGUUA